AUGGCCCGUAUAGAUCCCGAAAUCCUAGAGCCCGCCGACCUGGGGCGAGUGCUCUCAUUUUACCAACGUCUUAAUCAUAUUGGUUUGCGCAUAUCCCCAAGCCCUGAGCUUAACAUUGUAUUUGCGAUGACGCAAGCUAUCUCAGUAGGAGUUCCAGGUCCUAGUUAUUUCUCCGGGCUCACCAGCAGUGAAAUUGAAACCAAAAUACAAGCUACUGUUACUGAAGCUUCCAAGUGGGCCUCUGUAGUGGAGCAAUAUUUCUUUAACAACCCGGAUGGCACCUUUCACCGUGACCUUAUCUUAGCAGUACUGAAUAACAACAAGGUUUCAGCAGCUGCUCGCGAAGAUCCUCAGAGUCAUCUCUGGGGGAUUACCAAGUUUGUCGACAUUUUCAAGUCAAGAUCUGGAGGAUGGAGCCCCUGUGAUUCAGUUGAAAUCCCAGCGCUAGUUGAAGCAACUUCAGCAGCCUUCGUAAAAGGUCGAAGAAUUAUUGACGGUUCAACAAAAGUGGUGCCAAAGCAGGAACCCAAGCAAGAACCCAAGCAGGAAUCCAAGCAGGACACCUCGAAGAAAGCUGGCCACUCUGAUACCAAGCAAGGAAAAGGGAAGCAGUGGUCCAAGGGGUCCGGUGGCAACAAGAGGCGCAACAAUGAAGACAAGCAAGCUAGAAAGUCGAACUCUGAUGGUCAAAACAGAGUUGCUGCCUUGAAAGCUACCGAAUAUCUUGAGGUGGCUCGCGACGAUGUUGAAACUCUUUGCUCGGUUGCUCGGGCUAUCAAGACGUAUUUGAUAAUGACGGCGGAAGCAGUGAUUAUUCGCCAGUUGCUUUUCUUCCACCUGCCAACCAAAUCGCCUCUUUACUUUGUGUCGUAUGAGAAAUACAGCAGCUCCAAAACCAUCAGCUCCUAUGGUGGUUCCGACAUCGUGUUAGAAGGGGAAGGUAAAAUUGCUGUUGUAUUAAAAGGUGACGGUGGCACCAAUAUUUGCCAUAUUGCUGACGCACUUUAUUUUCCUGCUGGGUCUAGCAAUUUGUUUUCUGAUUCUGUCUGGCGCACGCACGAUGUUUCUUUUCAUACGGUCCCAAGUGGGGACUGUCUGGCCUAUUUUGGUGAGGAAAAGGUUGGUAGGGUUGGUGGUGCCAGAGAUGCCAAGUCUCACAUUUGUGCCAACAUUGUUCCGGUAAAGUUUACUAGGAAUAUCGUACCUCCAACUGGCUCCUUCAAGUUCUCAGGAAAUUCAAUUGACUGGGAUCAGAUUUGCAGACAAGGACCAGAAGCUAUGAGGAAGGUUGAUAAAUCAGCUCUCGCUGUUGGAAAGGGACUUCCUGUCCUUUCACCGUCUCUCAAAUUUAUUGCAAAGGAGGCCGUGUUGAAUUCGCAGGCACUUGACUGUCAUGUUCGGUUUGCUCAUUGCUCUUUGACUUCGGUGAAGCAUUUAGCCAAGCUUGCUGAUCCUCCCUUUGAGGUGACCAAGCGUGACGAAGAGUUGAUCAAGGACUGUGUCAUAUGUGGCACGUCAAGAAGCAUUAAGCGGUUCACUUCUCCGGAUAAGCAUAUAGCUUCUGAAUCCACGGCUCCGUUAGCCCAGAUUCAUGCUGAUCUCGUCGGUCCCAUAGGUCCUGCCUCUUCAGGGGCCAGGUACAUGCUGAAUAUCAUUGAUGCAUUUUCUGGUUACAUCUAUGCUUUUGCUCUGGAAUCUAAGGAUGAAGCUCCUGGGAAACUUAUCCAGUUCUUUAAGCAGUUUGUGCCCAAAGCUGCUCGCCGUGCUGCUGACAGCAAGGCCACCAAGCUUAUUACUGACAAUGGUGGUGAAUUUAUCUCUGGCACACUUGGAAAAUUUUUGGCAGAUUGGGGCGUCAUUCAUAUUUUAACUGCUCCUGAUGAACACCAACAAAAUGGAAAAAUUGAGCGUGCCCACCGCACACUUCGUGAGAUAUCUACUAGAGCCUUGAUGCAGUCGACACUCUGGGCCAAUAUCUACUGGGACUCUGCCUGGCUCUACGCUGUGCAGGUAUAUAAUUUCUCCAUAGUUAAUAAAGCCGGUAUAUCACCUUAUGAAGCCUUUACGGGCAGAAAACCACCUAUAGCACUAGUGCACACAUUUGGCUGCCUAGUUUUUGUCAUUAAAUCUGAGUCUCAGAAACUCAAAGGGACCCUUCAGCCUCGGGGCGAGCCUGCUCUGUAUUUGGGUCCCGACCCGUUAAAUCCUAAGAAUUUUCUAUGCAUUACGAGGAACAAGCGCAUUCGGCGCUGUGUACACGGCAACUUUCGUGACCAUGUCUUGCCUGGCGUUAAAUUUUUUGGCGAAAAGCCAACUUACGAGGGUGACAUUCUCAUUGACUACAGUGAGGUUGGAAAUCGUGACCCUGACUACAGUGACUCUUCCACUGAUGAAUCAGAAAGUGAAGAUGAAUCUGACUCUGACGACUACUCUCCCACUUCACUCUCUGGUGGUGGUGGUGGUAACUUUGGCUGGACUUAUGUGGGCUCUGAGGGAAGGAGCCACAGAUCCAGCAGAUUGGAGGACCAGGAUUCUACUUCUACAUCAUCGACACCUAUAACUGAAAACUCUUUUCAACCGUUGGAAGAUGAUGAUGUGGAGCUGGUUGCAGAUGAAUCAAUUAGUGUUGCUGACGACAAAGAUACACUUCAGUCUGAGGACCAUAUAUUGCUCGAAGAUUCUGCUGUUGAUGAUGCUGAUUUGAGAUCGGUGAACUCCAACGUAGCUGGUCGCCCUGGUUCCGAAGAUACUAACGAAGAUUUUUCUCACGAAAAUUCAUUUUCUGAACAUAUGGUAAAGCUCCAGAAAGCCUUUGCUCCAGGAACUCAGUCGCCCUCAGUGGUGGCUCAUCAAACAAGUCCGGUGACUCUUCCCAAACAGCUACACAUUUUGGAUGAGGAUGACACUGUUGAAACCGCGAGCCAAUCUGGUGGUGACAAUCAGGAUGCGGUUGACUCAGAAACCAAUGAUGAAGACAUGGAUGGGUCUGUGGAACAUAUACUGGGUUUCGACGAAUUGGAAGACUCAUCAGAUUCUGAAUCUUCGUCUAGCGACGUUGUCAUGGAUUCCUCUACUAAGUUGGAGGAAGCUCCUGCGAGAGAUGUCGGGGUGCCGCAAGGUUUAGGUGACACUCAAGGUACUGCUACAAGCACAAAUAAUCCUGCCAGCAAUCAACUGGUUUUGGCGGCGGCGGAACUUGUACGGGCCACCACCGAGCUAGUAGAAACUACGACGUCUGCAAAUCGGUCUGCCAGAAUGGCUGAGGCGGGCGGUAGUAGGAAGAGGCAUCUAAAUUUAGCGAGAUUAAAAUCUGCGCUGGAACGGGCUGGUCAGCCAGAAAAUCGUCGUUUACAUGCCGGUAGGCGGAGCCAAGUGGCUGGCUCCUCAGGAAUACGGCAGGAGCUACCGGAGCUACCCCCAGCGCCCUCCUCUGAGAGGCUGUUGCUGGGAGCUGGUGGUUCUGAUACUGUUACUACUGCUGCAUCUGGAAGUGGCAGUGAACUGAGAGACACUGCUGUGAAUGAUCGCCCACGCUUACCGCCUGCACCAUCUACUCAGAGGCUCCUGCUAGAGUAUGGGCGAGCAGGGGACGCUACAAGCUUUGGGGACAAUGCAAGCGACGUGCAGCACAGCUCCGUGCAACAAAAUCGACAUAUGCUACUUCCGGCUCCACCUUCGAGACGGUUGUUGUUGGCAGCUCCUCCUUCUUCUGAACAUGAUUCGCAAACUGCUGGGCAAGUAGCUGUUCGACAAGCAAGCCAACACUCCGCUCCGACAGAAGCCCAACAGCCUCUUGCUGAUACUGAAAGAAUUACUAGGUCUGCUGCGGGUGCUGCGGGUGCUGCGGGUGCUGCGGGUGCUGCGGGUGCUGCGAAAGUGCCUGCUCCGUCGUCCAGACACCGUCAUCGAGAAGCUUCUCGGGACACAGUUGUUGUUAACAAAAGAUUGGCUGAUUUGAUUGAGCAAAAUGGCUAUUAUGUUCCUAACAGUGCACUUCAGCGGCUGGCGCGAAAAGAAAAUUCUUCAUUAAUUUUAAAUCGCACAAAUUUAAUUACCCGGCCUACUGAUAACCUUCCACUAAAAGUAUCCUCAGAAAAUUCGACUUCAAGCUCUUCACCAAGAUUGGAAAAUGAAGCCACGAAUGAUUCUCCUACAACAACUUCUACUCCUGCUUCUUUGUCCUCGGAAUCAUCUGCACAUUCGGUGCCAGUGGUUACUUCGCCAACCUCCUCUGCUGUGACGUCUCCCACAUUAGAAAGCUCUUCUUCUCGUCGUGAUCAUCAAACCACUCCUCCCUCGUCUUCGAAUCGCAUGCUGUCAAUAGCACAACGCAAUAUCUUACGCAGCGCGGCUGAAGCCAUCUCAAGAAUCGACUUAGGAGCUUUAAGAAAUCUGCGAAAAAGAAAUCGCUCUGCAAGCCCAACCACUACAGCAUCGGGCUUACUUUGGGGCUCUCGCUCCUCUGAUCGGCACAGUGAUAAACUGAAACUCUCGAACUCUGAGUCAGCUUUGGACUCGGAACCUAGGUCACUGCUACAUGGCUUGCCACCUCGUGAGCGUUCAACACUGAGAGCCCCACACGGCCACCUCCAGGGUACACCGGAUCUUAGAUUCAACCCCACUCCCGAUGCAGUUCCCUUUCUUUCUCACACUCACUCGGCAACACACAAUGUCCCUACUACUUCAACAUCAGUGGAUGAAGACUCAGUCGUUAGCACUGACUCGCCGUCCCACUCUCCCGCCUCCACACCCGAAAUUGAAGUUGAGGCUACAAGCGAUGAAAUCUUAACCGCAGCACCCUACAAUUCUGACUCCCAGGGCUCAUCAGAACACUUAGCUGACGGCAUUGAUUUCUUACAUGAAACUUUUGUUUCUUCGCCUGCUGAUGAUGAAAUUAUUUUUGUUGAUGAAUCGGCAAGCCCAUCAGGAGAUCCGUCUGCCGGGGCUGCCGACGAUGUCAUUGGCAUUGGCUGCAUCUACUCGAACUCUGAAGAACCAACUGUGAAAGCCCGCAUGGCGUCUGGAAGACUUGACACACUCAACGCUAUUAACAUUAAGCUUCCAAUUUUGAGAAAUGACAUCAAAGUGUCAGAAUCUAGCAAACCAGGUCUCUACUUUACGGCUCCUGAUGUGGAGAAUGUUAGAGCUCUUAUCAGCGACAGAGAUUGGGCCGAUCUUAAGGAUCGCCCUGCCUUCAUUCGAUUUCCGAAUGUGGGAGUGGCGCUGCUCGACCCUGGCAAGAAGCUAAAAGGGACCCACGCCCUUGGCACCAAAUGGGUGCUGAAGAAGAAACUCAACACGGAUGGUUCAAUUGACAAGUACAAGGCUCGUCUUGUUGUUCAGGGGUUUCGUCAGAAGUUUGGUGUUGACUAUGUUGACACCUUUGCGCCAGUGAUGAGAUUCAGCACUGUUCGUCUCAUUUUCGCCCUAAGUGCGGCGAAGAACUGCGAGAUGCACCACGUCGAUGUUAAAAAUGCUUUCUUGAAUGGAGAUCUAGAAGAAGACAUCUAUGUCAAGCCACCAACAGGAAUUGACCAUAAUACCCCUCCUGGCAUGGUCUGGAAGCUGAAUAAAAGCUUAUAUGGACUGAAGCAAGCCCCUCUGUGUUGGAACAAGAAGCUUGUUGACAAGUUGGAAGCACUAGGUUACAAAGCUGCCAAGAAAGAACCCUGUCUCUUUUACAAGAUUAAUGGCAAAGACUUCAGUAUUAUAGGUCUUUAUGGCCUAUCUGGUUACUUUGCCAUCAAAGAUGAAGGUGGUGUUAACAAAUUCUUGGGAAUCAGAGUCCAGGACUCCGACAGGACAAUAUCUCUGGAUCUGGAACAUUAUAUUGCUGACAUGAUUGAGGUUUUCAAAUUGAGUAAUCAAACAGCUAAGUCGAUACCGUUGCCCAAGAAACAUGGCCUUGAUUUCCCACAGGGCCUCGAUGCUCACGGCCCGUCGGACAUUGCCUACGCUACAGGCAAGCUUGCUCAGUAUGCGAGUGACCCUAGAGCUAUUCAUAUGGAUAGAGCAUAUCAUGUUCUGAGCUACCUCAAAGGCACCAAGGACCUGGCAAUUGUCUAUCACAAAAAUGUACCAGGGGCCUCUCCGCGGCUUCUGAGAGGCUGGUCAGAUGCCGAUUGGGCAAACGAUCCCGACAGGAAGUCUAUCCCAGGCUUUGCAUUCUCUCACGGUCCUUCAACCUUCUCUUGGAAGUCGGCCAAACAGAAGUUGACAGCAACUUCCACAACCGAGGCUGAGCUGAUUGCCGCUUUCUCUGCCACGUGUGAGGCAGUUUACUUCCGAGAUCUUUUGGAAGAACUUGGUGAAUCUCAACCAACGACUGUCAUCAUGGAGGACAACAAAGGUGUCCUGGAUCUCAUGAAGGACAGCAAACAUCACGAGCGGACUAAACACAUUGAUACCAAGUACAUGCGCACCAGAGACCAUGUCAAAGCCGGCGAUACCCGUCUUGAAGCUGUUGCUUCAGCAGAUAAUGUGGCAGACAUUUUUACCAAAGCUCUGGCUAAGCCGCAGUUUUUAUAUUUGAGGAAUCUUCUGGGUAUGAGUACCCGUCCUCAAGUUGAGGGGGGAAAUGGACUUGAUGCAGUGCUCGUCUCGUCAAAUAAUACCUCCAUCGUUACGCCGCAGUCAUUUUCGAAGACUCGACGACGCAAAGAUCAAGAGAUUGAAUCUUGA